GAGACGCACAGAAAGAAAAAUCUCAGAGUGACACGACGACGUGGUGACAAGCUCUUCCAGCCAUCAGGGACACAUUGGACUGUUUUGCGGUUUAUUUCAAAUAUUUCAAGUGAGUGUUAUUUUAUGUAACAUGGAGGCUGACCUGAAACUCAAGCGUUUGGAUCUACAGGCAUGACUUUCAGACACAUCCUCUGGGAUUAAAGUGAAAAUGUCAGGAGAAUUUAAGGACAAUAAUUACGAAGGCUCAGCAGGGAAAGUCUUUGGUGCAAACUUCAACCUCAGCUGCGUUUUCAACACCACAAACCUCUCCGACAGCGACUACUUCCACCCGUCAGACUUCAACAAAACUGAUUUUGUGGGAGACGGCGCCGCAGUUGUGAGGAUCAUAAUCUCUGUCAUCUACUCGCUGGUUUGCGCGCUGGGUCUGGUUGGGAAUUUACUGGUCCUGUACCUGAUGAAGUCAAAGCAGGUGUGGAAGAAAUCCUCCAUCAACCUUUUUGUAACGAGUUUGGCGGUGACGGACUUCCAGUUCGUGCUGACUCUGCCGUUCUGGGCGGUGGAGAACGCGCUGGACUUCACGUGGCUCUUCGGCAAAGCGAUGUGUAAGAUCGUCUCCUACGUGACGGCUAUGAACAUGUACGCCAGCGUGUUUUUCCUGACCGCCAUGAGCGUGGCGAGGUACUGGUCGCUCGCCUCUGCGCUCAAGGGCAGGAGGCGGCGGCCGCCGUGCUGCUCCGCGCGCUGCAUCACUGUUUUCAUCUGGGUUGCAGCUGUGUCCGCCGCGCUACCGCACGCGAUUUACUCCACAACCGCCACCGUUUCCAGCGAGGACUUGUGUCUUGUCAAAUUCCCAGAAACUAACGGCAGCGCGCAGCUUUGGCUGGGACUGUAUCAUUCCCAGAAGGUGCUGCUGGGGUUCGUGCUGCCGCUGGGCAUCAUCUCCGCCUGCUACCUGCUCCUUUUACGCUCCAUCACAUCAAAAAACAUCAACACAUCGAGCGCAAAACGACGCGCAAAAGUCACCAAGUCUGUCACCAUCGUGGUCUUAUCCUUUUUCCUCUGCUGGCUCCCCAAUCAGGCGCUCACAGCCUGGGGCAUCCUCAUCAAACUCAACGUGGUGCACUUCAGUUACGAGUACUACACCACGCAGGUGUACGUGUUCCCCGUGUCCGUGUGCCUGGCGCACUCCAACAGCUGCCUGAACCCCAUCCUGUACUGCCUCAUGAGGCGGGAGUUCAGGAAGGCGCUGAAAAAACUCUUCUGGAGGAUGACUUCUCCGACAAUAAGGCCGUUCACAGCCACCACGAAGCCGGCGAUGGACGAGCAAGGGCGCGUCCUGGUGCCAAUCAGCGCGCCCGAGGAGCCCGCGGUGGUGUUUUAUCCUCCGGGGGCCGUUAUGUACAAUGACCUGCGGGAUCUGCCGCAGAACAGCGCGUAGUCUCAACUGACGCACGGACAGUUUUUGAUUGCUAUUUUAUGCAUUUGUGUUAAGUGCGCCAUGAAGAAAGUUGUAAUCACAGCUGGAUCUGUAUUAGUUAAAUAAAAAGCUGAAAUUGCCACUGACAUACAAUCUGUGAAAAUCAAGAAUUUUCUACUUGACAAUAAAACAUUUCUCAUGUGCUAGGAACAAAGAAGACAGUGUUUUGAAUUUGCUCCAAAAUGUCAUCGAUGUAUAUUAA